UUUUCUUUCUUUUUGUAUUUGUUUUUUUCUUUUCCGCUAGUGUACGUCUUAUCUGUAUGAUCAGAAUUGUAUACACUUGUUCUUCAAUGGUGUUCAGUUUACCCUCUUCCGCAUCAUCUUCUUCUUCUUCUUCUUCUUCCACUUCUAGAUGGUCUCACCAUGUAUUCUUGAGUUUUAGAGGAAUAGAUACUCGCAAUACUUUUACUGCCCAUCUAUAUGAUGCUCUAUGUCGAAGAGGAAUCAAUACCUACAUAGAUGAGAAAGACCUCGAAAGAGGAGAGUCCAUUUCACCUAAACUUCUCAAAGUCAUUGAGGAGUCAAUGAUUUCCAUUAUUGUAUUAUCUCCAAACUAUGCAUCAUCCACAUGGUGCUUGGAGGAGUUAACAAAGAUCCUUGAAUGUAAGGAAACAAAAAAACAAAUUGUUUUACCAGUAUUUUAUCAUGUAGAUCCAUCAGAAAUACGAAAUCAAAAAGGAAGAUUUGGAGAAGCAUUGACUAGACAUCAAGAGAGGUUCAAAGAGAACACGAAGGUGCAGAGGUGGAAGACAACCCUACAAGAGGUUGCCAAUUUGGCAGGAGAACACUUGGAAAACGGGAAUGAAUCUGAAUUUAUUCAUAAAAUUAUUCAAUGGGUGGACUCAAAAAUAGUUACAUUUACCUUCCUAAACAUUGCUGAGUAUCCAGUUGGAUUAGAGUCUAGUGUAAAAGAGUUGAAAACUCUUUUAGGAAUUGGAAGGAAUGAUAUUACUCUCAUGAUAGGGAUUUAUGGAAUUGGUGGAAUUGGUAAAACAACUAUCGCCAAAGCAGUCUAUAACUCGAUUGCAUAUCAAUUUGAAGCUAGAUGUUUUCUAGAAAAUGUUAGAGAGAUUUCAAGUCGAGAGGAUGGUUUGGUCAAACUGCAAGAUAAACUUCAUUCUGAGCUCUUUGGAGACUCUAGAAGUUUUAAUGUUGGCAGUGUUGGAGGUAUUAAUGUUAUAAAGCAUAGUCUUUGCUCCAAAAGGAUACUUCUAAUUCUUGAUGAUGUGAAUGAGUUGCUCCACCUAAAAGAAUUAGCUGGAGAUCAUAAUUGGUUCGGUCCAGGAAGUAGAAUAAUAAUAACAACAAGAGAUCAACAUCUAUUAACUUAUCAUAAGGUUGAUUCAAUGUAUGAAGUGUCGGGAUUGGAUGACAACCAAGCUAUUCAGCUAUUUAGUUGGCAUGCAUUCAAAAGAGACAAUCCACUUGAAAGUUACGUGGAACUCACAAAAUGUAUAAUUGGUUAUGCUAAGGGCCUUCCACUUGCUCUUAUAGUGCUUGGUUCAUAUCUGCAUGAUAGAAGUAUACAAGAAUGGAAAAGUGCAUUGGAAAAGUAUGAAAGAAAUAUUAAUAAGCAAAUUUAUGAAAUACUUAAAAUAAGCUAUGAUGGGUUGGAUGAUAAUGAAAAGGAUAUUUUCCUUGACAUUGCAUGUUUCUUCAAGGGGAAGCAUGUUAAAUAUGUAUUGGAAAUACUAGACCAUUGUGGUUUUUCAUCAACUAUUGGCAUCACAAGGCUUAAAGAAAAGUGUCUCAUAAAUAUUGGCAGAUCUUAUCAGAAUGUGGAGAUGCAUGACUUACUGCAAGAAAUGGGUAAAGAAAUUGUUCGACAAGAAUCUCCUAAAAAAGUUGGCAAACGUAGCAGAUUGUGGUUUCAUGAAGAUGUUCGCUAUGUAUUAGAAGAAAAUAUGGGAACAAACAAAAUUGAAGGGAUUUUGUUAGAUUUUCCAGGAGGCCAUGACAUGAUAUGCUUGCAUUCUGAGGCAUUUAUGAAGAUGAAGAAGCUUCGAUUGUUUAUAAAUCAUAAUGCACAAUUUUUUGCAGGACCUACUCAUCUCUCUAAUGAAUUAAGAGUGCUUGAUUGGUCUAAAUAUCCUUCAUCAUUUUUGCCUUCUAAUUUUCAUGGAAACAAGCUCACUAUAUUUGGAAUGCCUUAUAGCCUGAUCAAGGAGUUAGGCGACCUAAAACCCAAGAACUUGACAGAUAUGGAUUUAUCUCAUUGUAAAUUCUUAACAAAAAUUCCUGAUCUUUCAAGUAGCCCAAAUUUAAAGCAGUUGAAUCUCCAAUGCUGUGAGAAUUUAGUUGAGGUUCAUCAUUCUAUUGGAUUCCUUGAUAAGCUUUCGGUUCUUCUCGUUAAUGGAUGCUGCAAGCUUAGGAUUUUUCCGAAAAGAUUCAAGUUGAGAUCUCUAUAUUUGCUUGAAGUUUAUGAUUGCUCAAGUCUUGAGGACUUUCCCGAGAUUGAGUGUGAAAUGGAAUUUUUAUAUGGUAUAUGUCUUGAAGGCACUGGUAUAAAAGAGCUACCUGUAUCAAUUGAGAACCUCACUGAACUUAAACAAUUAGAUCUAGACGACACUGGUAUAAAAGAGCUACCUUCAUCAAUUGGGAACCUUACUAAGCUGGAAGUCCUAUCUCUAAACGACACUUGUAUAAAAGAGUUACCUUCAUCAAUUGGGAACCUCAGUGAACUUGAGAAGUUAUAUCUAAACGGCACUGUUAUAAAAGAGCUACCUUCAUCAUUUGGGAACCUCGCUAAACUUGAAGCCUUGUAUCUAAAUGGCUCGAGUAUUGAAGAACUACCUUCCUCGUUUGGAAACCUUACUCAGCUUCGAUAUUUAUAUGCAAGAGGCUGCAAAAACCUUGUGCAUCUCCCAUCUACCAUAGAUCGGUUGCAAAAUCUACGUUUUUUCCAACUCGACGGUGGUUCACAACCAAUAAACAUUGGAAAGAUCGAGGAGGAUGGUAAACAAUCCCCGCCAUCUGUUGUUUCUACAGGCGAAUAUGAAAUUGCAUCAAGUGCAGAAUUGACUCCGACAAAUUCAAGCCUUUUCAAUGAUGGUUCCUCCUCAAGCACGAAUGGAGCAUUGCUAGUUUUAAGUCUUCAAUUCUGUUGCUUAUCAGAAUCAAAUUUCUUCACGGAUGCUAAUUACUUUCCCAAUUUGGUUGAGUUAGAUCUAACUGGGAGUGAUAUUGUUAUCUUUCCUCAAAGCGACAGAUUUGCUGUGUUGCGACACCUUUGUUUGAAUAAUUGCAAGCAACUUGAAAAAAUUCUCCAGCUUCCAUUGAGUAUAGAAAAGGUUGAAGCUCGUGGAUGCACGUCAUUGGAAAGUUUUGCACAACUAUCUGAAAUUCUUUUUAAAAACAAUGGAAGGGAUUUUAAUUUCCUAAAGAUUGACUUGUACGGAUGCCAUAAACUGCUUGUGAAUAUGAGGAUUACUUCAUGGGAAGAGAGACAUCCUAAAGAACAAAAUUGGGCAUACCCUUUUAAAGCAAGAAGUAUGGGCAUUAUAUUUCCAGGAAAGAGGAUUCCAAGCUGGUUCAGGUAUAGCAAGGAGGCCCAUGAUAGUAAUUCAUGUGAAAUAGAUAUUAAUAGGACGCAUUAUUCGGAUGACAUAGAUGAAAUUGUUUUCUGUGUUGUUAUUGGAUUUAGAUUUGGGAUCAACCUAGAAAUGGAGAAGACUGCAGUUUGUGUUAGAAUCCAUGAUGGAUGGCAUUGGAAUAUGUUAUUUAUUCAAUAUAUAAUAUUUGAUUGGACGGACUCAGACCAUUUAUGGAUGGCAUUCUGUCCGCUGACUUACCGUAAAGCUUCAAGGUUUAGAUUUGAAUGUGAUUCAGAGCUCGUGGUCUUUAGAAGUGUUGGGGUCCAUUUGGUAAAGAAGCACGAAGAGAACGCAAGAGAUCAUGCAGGUUUGCUCCACGAAGAUGAUGGUGCCCAUUUUGAAGCAUCCAAUGAAUAAAUUGAAAGUUCAGUAGAUUUUAAUGGAUGGUAAGAGGCGUUAUGAAUAUGGUUCCCACCAGGAAUCCAAUUGGUACCCUCAACAAAAGAGGCAUUUCUCAACCAUGGGCAUCAGCAUAACGGAAUUAGAGAAUGACAGAUGAGAAUCCAUAGGAAGAUUUGGAUUUAGAGCUUAAAAUUGGGUUGUAAUUAAAAGGUGCAAUCUUCAGUUUUCUUUGCUGUUUCGCUGCCUUCUUAGCAACUAGACUGGAGACAGGGAGAUGCAUGACUAUGAGCUUGAAAAGAUGAAAUCCCGCCUGAACCAAACAAAUUGCUCUCCCUGCUACCAAACAAUUGUUCUUGUGUAAUUUUAUGGCUGUAAGCCUGUAAGUAUGUAUGAAGAAUCUGCAGAUGUGAAGCUGUCACUGCGACUUGCUUCAAAUGCUGACGGAGAAGUUAUGGCUCCCGAGUGUACUUCUUUCUCUUCUCCUUUGAAUUGAAAUAAAGAUUGACUGACCUGAGUCCUGAAACUUCAACCACUCUGACGAAAAGAGACUGCUGCAUUUUCUUGCAUCCUUCGUUUGCUCGGUAUGGUGGUGGGUAGUGGUAUGGUGCUCCAUAUGCAAUGGGAUGUUCGACAGCACAGGCUAGAUUUUAACGACUCCCAUGCUUUAUUAUUUGGUUUCAAAUUUCCCCUUUCGGUUUGCUUGAAGUUCAUUCGGUGUUCUUGCAAAUGGUCUCUCUGAUUCUCAUUUUCUUUCUAUUUUUUGAUAGGAGAUUCUAAUUUUCUUUCUUAAGUCUAAACUCCUUGAUUUUCUGAGAUGAUUUCUUCAAGCAUUUGCUGAUUUUAAGUAGUCUUCUUGUGUUUAAUCUUGGGAAUCUUCUUGCAGAUUGUUUUUUUUUUCUGGGCUUGUGCAAUUGUCGGUAACAAAGGAGGAGCUUGAUUUUCUGCAGCAUUUAUUGCGUAUCAUCAGCCUAUCAGGUUGGCAAGAAUUGAUGAGAUCAUUGGCAGAUUUGAGAGUGAAAGGGUUUCAUUUGAAAGUUCUGUGGAGCGUAACCAUAGACUUUGAUGCAGAGGAUGAAUAUGAGUAUGGAGGUCUGGCCUCGCCUGAGGAAUGAAGAUUGGGGUAUUUUCCCAUUUUUGUUUUUAAGUGUUCUUUAUUGGUUUGAUGGAAUUUGGAUGACUAUAAUAUUUUCUCGUCUAUGUUUGAUGAAUUUGGACUUAUCGAUUAUUUGGAAGGUGACGUUUUAAAUUUUUUGGUACUAUUAGAAUUAAUGACUGC